UUAAAUAGUGUUCAUCAGUAACACUUUUGAAAACCGACAAUCAUCAUAUCUUGCCCUGACCGAACAAUGUCUCCCAAAUGUUGGUUGUUCACUUGUUUAGAAUUAUAAUUUAUAUCGUGAGCAUUGUCGUAUAUUGCAUAAGUAACGUACAUUAAAGAAGUGAUCUUCGUGAUGAUGUAUUAACUAGAUGCAUGUAAGUAUGAACGUUACGGGAGUAAUCGAGCCCAAAGGCAGGCGUGAUAAACACAGUGAGUAUGGUGGGAACUCCCUCACUAGAGCUGAGUGCUGGAUGAUCUCAGCGACGUCCGCUUUCAGUACGCCGCUUCUAUAAUAACCUCGGGCCUGGAGGACGCUCGGUUCGAAUUCGUGAGAGCGCUGAUUUCGGUUUCAAAGAGGCGAGGCGAUAAAAGUGACGUCUUGAGAUGGCGGAAACUGCUCCUGCUCAACCACCAGCUGCGGCUACUUCAGCGCCUAAAAGCCCCAAGAAGAAGCGCGCCGCUCCAAAGGCCAAGAAGGUCGGCCCCAGCGUGUCCGAGCUCAUCCUCAAGGCUCUGGCCAGCAGCAAGGAGAGGAACGGCGUGUCUCUUCCUGCGCUCAAAAAGUCGCUUGCUGCCGGAGGAUACGACGUGGAGAAGAACAAUGCCCGCGUGAAGUUGGCCAUCAAGAAGCUCGUGGCCAAAGACGCCGUGGCGCAAGUGAAGGGCAGCGGCGCGUCUGGCUCUUUCAAACUCAACAAGGAAAAGGCUGCCGCAAAGGCGAAGCCCAAGUCGUCAACGGCAAAGCCCGCAGCUAAAAAGCCCGCGGCAGCCAAGAAGGUGAAGAAGCCCGCGGCAGCCAAGAAGACCGCGCCCAAGAAGUCUCCCAAGAAAGCAAAGAAGCCCGCGGCUGCCAAGGCGGCCAAGAGCCCCAAAAAGGUGAAGUCGGCUGUUAAGCCCAAGAAGGCGGCGAAGAGCCCAGCCAAGCCCAAGGCUGCGAAGCCCAAGGUCGCUAAGCCCAAGACCGUCAAGGCCAAGGCCGCCAAACCCAAGGUGGCCAAGCCCAAGAAGGCCGCGGCCAAGCCCAAGAAGACUGCGCCAAAGAAGUGAAUCCGAUGGGACGACCGACGCUCGAUUCACUCCACCUCAACGGCUCUUUUCAGAGCCACCCACUUCGUUCAAAAAGUGAACCAGAUGCUGCUGCGCUUCAAUUAGUUCAAAUUAACUGUGUAACAUUUCACCCACUCGAUGUGUUUUAAGCAUUGAUGUGAUGGGAGUGAUCGAGCCCGAAAGCAGGGAUCACAAACACAGGCGAGGCGGGUGGCAGCUCCCUCACUCGAACUGAGUGCAGAGUAAUCUCAGCGACGUCAGCAUUCUCGCUGGCGAUUCUAAUCUAAAUCCAGAUUCAAAAUCGAUGCAUUCUUGACGAACCUCCAAUUUUGAUUAUGUGUUGCA